CAUUUUCGUGGGUUCCAAUUUCCGAAAGCUCACUCUCACUCUCACUCUCUAUUAGUCUAUACCAAUCGCGAAGGCAAUUCUCUCGCAGACGUCUUAGCUAGUUCUGCUGCGCUUGCUUUUCUCUUUGACUCUCUUCAAUCAGGGGCCGUCUUUUCUCUGUAAGAUCAACAAAAAAAAAAAAAAUGCCCAGGAAGAGUAAAGCAAAGAAAGAAGAGAUUUGCGAAGAGGUUUGCUUCCACUGCAAAGAUGGGGGACUGCUCAUGGUCUGCGACUACAAGAAUUGCCUUAAAGCUUAUCAUCCUGAAUGUGUGGAAAAAGACGAAUCUUUUGUGGAGUCUGGGCAGCGCUGGAACUGCAAAUGGCAUUCUUGCUUCUUGUGCGAUAAAGCUGCGAAAUUUCAAUGCUUUUGCUGCCCACAAGCUGUUUGCGGACGCUGCCUCUGUGACUCUGAGUUUGUGGUUCAUAGAGUGGAAAGAGGAUUUUGUAAUCAUUGUUUGAAGCUUGCAGUGCUCAUUGAAGACAACUUGGAUGUUGAUUCUGACGGGGGCAGAGUUGACUUCAAAGAUAUAAAUACAUUCGAGUACUUAUUUAAGGAUUAUUGGCAGAUAAUGAAAAAGAAAGAACGCUUGUCUGCAGAAGAUGUCUACUCUGCAAAAACGUUUUUGAAGAAGGGAAAGAAUUACACGUCUAACUUUGAUUCGAAUGUGAUUCGUAAAAAAGAAGAAAAAAUUUCAGAAUCCGAUGAAGAAAGUGACCCUCAGGUAUCUGAUUACGAUGAAGUGGAAAGUGGAGAAGAAUACAUGCCAGUUACCAAAAAGAAGAGAUCCAAGGGAAAACAGUGCUCAGUUAAAAGAAAAGUAGAAGCAAAGAAAAGAGAAUUUAUAGGAUGGGGAUCAAAGUCUCUCCUAGAAUUCCUUGCUUCCAUGGGUAAAGAUACAUCCACGGAGUUAUCACAGUAUGAAGUCACCUCUAUAGUUACAGACUAUUGUAAAGAAAACAAGCUUUUUGACCCAGAAAAGAAGAAGAAAGUAAUUUGCGAUGCAACCUUGCAGUCUCUUUUUGGACGGAAAUCAUUUUUUAAAAAUAGUAUAUACAACCUUCUGACUUCCCAUUUUGCUGACAAUCUGGAAGAGUCAACGGAGGAGGAUGAGAGUGGAAGUAGUUCCGAAGACAAUGAGGAGAGCUUUAUGGGUACCUGUAAAAGGCAGAUCAAGUUGAGCCCUAAAGUACCAGAUGUGCAGAAAAGCUGUUUUGCUUCCAUUGUUCCUGAAAACAUCAAGCUUGUGUACCUGAAGAGGACCUUAGUGGAGGAAUUGUUAAAGCAACCGGAGACUUUUGGUGAGAAAGUAACAGGAAGUUUUGUGAGAGUUAAAUGUGACCCAAAUGAUUAUUCACUGAAGAACUCUCACCAGCUCUUGCAAAUUAAAGGUAUAAAGGAAAGUUUGAGGACAGACAGAGAGGAUACAGAAAUACUUUUGCAAUGUUUCAGUACUCACAAAGAUUUACCUGUUUCCAAGCUGUCAGAUGAUGACUUCUGUAAGGAAGAAUGUGAAGAUCUACAGCAGAGAAUAAAUAAUGGCCUCCUUAAAAAGCCAACUAUUGUGGAGUUUGAACAGAAGGCUAGAAGUCUACAUGAGAAUAUAACAAAGCAUUGGCUUGCAAGAGAAUUGACUCUGUUGCAGAAGCGCAUUGACCAUGCAAAUGAAAAAGGAUGGAGGAGAGAGCUUGAUGCAUACAUGACUAAGAAGCUGCUAAUUGAAACACCAUCAGAACAAUCACGACUGUUAAAUGAGAUUCCGGAAGUAAUUGCAGCCAUAGAAAAAUGUGAUCCUAUUUCUGAGUACUCCCCUAGCCAGGAUAAACAAGGAUAUGAUGGCUUUUCCGAAUCAGCCCCCAGAGAAUCUCCCCAAACUCCUGGCACUGCUCUAGCCAAUGGAACCUCAUGGCGCACAAAUGACAGAACAGAGCUUGCAGGUUCACUGUUACACCAGGAGAGGGACCUGGAGGGUGCAGUAGCUAAACAUAAGAGAAAGCAGGCUCCAUCAAACUUUGAACAGAGCGCUAGUACAGAUGGUUCACUGUUACACCAGGAGAGAGGCCUGGAGGGUGCAGCAGCUAAACAUAAGAAGCAGCCUCCAUCAGACUUUGAACGGAGCUUUAGUACAGAUGGUUCAAAGGGCGACCAUGAGAGAGACCUGGCGGAUGCAAAGGAUAUACCUAAGAAGAAGGUUCCUACAAUUAAUAACUGCUCGCAGUCUCCUUGCAUUCCAUCUGGUCAGGCAGCAGAACUAGUGAAACCUGAAGUAGCUCGACUAGAAAGGAUGAACUCUGAUAGCACAUCUGAAGGCAAGGUAACUGAGUUGAGCGAUGACGAUGAAGAGCUAAAGGUUUCAGUUACAGCACCUGCUGUUGAAAUCCAAGGUUCUGAUUCAUGGUAUUGUAUGAGUCCACUUGGUGAAAUAAGGGGACCCUAUAAACUGUCAUUGCUAAAGCUAUGGAACGUCUCAAGCCGCAAGGAAUUAAGAUAUAAGGUUUGGAGAGAGGGUCAGAGCAAAGGCAAGGCAAUCUUUCUCAAUGAUGCUAUUCAAGGAAAUUUGCCAAUGUAGAAAUGCUUCCAAAUUGUUAACCGGAAGUUGAAUUGCAGUUGACAGUAGUUUUAUGAAGAGAUAGGAGAAAGGAAAAAGAAAAAAAAAAAAACUAAUUAUACAUGAAGAUUCUACUUGUGAUUUAGGUUACAUGAUUUAGUUUACAUGUUAGAGGCGUAAUGUAUGUACCUCAUACAAAACGGGGAGAUGCCAAAAAUUAGGUAUGGUGGGAUUGACAUUGUUGGUUUUAAGUAUGGCGUAAUUUUCGUGAUCAAUCAGCAGGUACUUGUGU